GCUGAGAAAGGACGCACACAGGGCAACGGACGCAGUGACGCAGGGGCCAGAGAACCACGCUCGUCUCCCAGUAACAGCCUAAAGAUGUUUCUGGUGGCUUUGUCAUUUGCCUAUUUUUCAAAGGCUCUGUCGGGGAGCUACAUGAAGAGCACAAUAACUCAGCUGGAAAGGCGCUUUGACAUCCCCAGUUACCUAAUAGGUGUCAUUGACGGGAGCUUCGAGAUAGGUAACCUGUUGGUGAUAGCUUUCGUCAGUUACUUUGGGGCCAAGCUCCAUCGGCCAAAGAUCAUUGCAGUGGGUUGUGUACUGAUGUCCAUUGGCACCUUCAUUAUCGCUCUGCCUCACUUCAUCAUCGGACGCUAUGAAUUCGAGACAUCGGUGCGGUGGGUAGUGAACUCAACAUUAAACCCCUCACCCUGUCCGGUGGGCUCAGACCUGACUCAAGGUGGCAAACUACCUCAAGUGCCAGCCACAGGUUGUGAGGGUGACUCCAACCUGUCUAUGUGGAUCUAUGUGCUCCUGGGAAAUGUCUUGCGGGGGAUUGGAGAGACGCCUGUUCAGCCUCUUGGGAUCUCUUAUAUUGAUGAUUUUGCUACUGAGGAGAAUGCCGCGCUAUAUGUUGGCUGUGUGCAGACCAUUUCAGUGGUUGGACCUGUGUUUGGCUACCUGUUAGGCUCCCUUUGUGCCAAAAUCUAUGUGGACAUUGGAUUUGUAAAACUGGAAACCAUCACCAUCACCCCAUCAGAUUCUCGCUGGGUGGGGGCCUGGUGGCUGGGCUACCUCAUAGCUGGGGUCAUCACCCUGUUCUCUGCUAUCCCAUUCUGGUUUCUGCCCCGCUCAAUACCCAUAUCCAGGCCCCAGGGCCCAGAGAAAUGCACGCCAGAGCAGACAAGUUUCAUUAAAGACCCCUCUCUUCUGAAACACAAGUAUCCCGCAGACGAAAAUACUACUUUCAUAGAGAUGGCCAAAGACUUUAUUCCAACCCUGCGAACUCUGCUGGGACACCCUGUGUAUUUGAUCUACCUGUGUGUGACAGUCAUCCAGCUGAACUCUCUCAUCGGCAUGGUCACCUACAAGCCCAAGUUUAUCGAGCAGCACUUCAGGCAGUCUGCCUCAAAGGCCAACUUUCUCAUGGGUGUAAUCAAUAUCCCAGCUGUGGCCCUGGGGAUGUUUUCUGGAGGUCUACUGAUGAAGAGGUUUAAGCUGAACAUCAUGGGGGCAGCCAGGUUUGCCUUUGGCACAUCUCUGAUCGGUUACAUCCUGUCGCUGUUCUUCUUUGCAAUGAGCUGCGAAAAUGCCAUGGUAGCCGGUGUGACACUUUCAUACAACAGCAUGGAUAGGACAUCUUAUGACAAACACUCAGCAUUCGCAGCCUGCAACUCAGACUGUUUUUGUUCAACGAGUGAUUGGGACCCCGUCUGUGGAGGGAAUGGAAUCACAUAUGUUUCUCCCUGUCUUGCUGGCUGCAGCACCUCUGCUGGCUCAGGGAAAAACACAGUCUUCUCUAACUGUAGCUGUGUUGGUGUGGCUGGUAAUUUUACGGCCAGUACAGGUCAGUGCCCUCACAAGGACGACUGUGACAGGAUGUUCCCGUACUUCCUGGGUCUCUCUGUCGUCACUUCCUUUAUCAUCUCCCUUGGUGGCACACCAGGCUACAUGAUUCUCAUCAGGUGCAUCAAACCACAGCUAAAAUCUUUGGCGUUGGGUUUCCAUGCUCUGGCAACACGUACCCUCGCAGGGAUCCCAGCACCGAUUUACUUUGGAGCAAUCAUUGACACCACAUGCCUAAAAUGGGGUCAGAAAAGGUGUGGAGGCAUAGGAGCCUGUAGGAUCUACAACACCACUGCAUACAGGAUAGCAUACCUGGGUCUGACUCUGGGCCUGCGGACUAUCUCGUUCAUUAUUUGCAUCCCGGGCUUCAUUCUACUCGGUCGACAGCUGAGGGAGGAGGAAAGAAAUGCCAUCCACGGUGAUCUGGCCAAUGGCGGAACAGAGCUGGAGGCACUCAGGAAGGAAGAGUUUGUGACUUUGAAUUCUGACCAAUCACAACAAACGCCAGACAACAGCACAGACAGGGAGACACGUCUGUGA